AUGUGGCAAUUCAUCCCAAUGUUUGCGUGCGUCUGUGCCGUAUAUGCAACUGCUCUGCUCCUAGCCAGUCCCGACCUCUGGCCUGCGGAGGGAAAACACGCCUUCCAGUUCGGCCGAGAACUGUCGGGAAGUGCACGGCAGCCGGACUGUAGAAUCUAG